AUGUCUGCUCAGGAUACAGCGUCACCCUCUGUUUUAUCGGUGUCCAACGACGCGGCAGAAGAACGUGCCCAGCGAGCAGCUCGACGCGACUUUAUCGACUCACGCAUCGCUGAACUCCAGGAAGAGAUUCGAAAAUGGAAGAGCAAUAGAAACGAGCUGUCCGAGAUUUCUCGGCUACCACCAGAGGUACUCAGUCGAGUCUUCAUGCACUAUCAGCGGCUUUGUGCGUCGUCGACCAGAAUCUCCAAAUUUGGGAGAAUCCUGAGGCCCUCUGACUGGACGAAAGUCACGCACGUUUCGCGGUAUUGGAGGGAUGUAGCGCUGGCUUUCCCGGAGCUUUGGUCCAACAUCCAGGCCACGACGAGCCCCCGCUGGGCCCAGGUCAUGUUUGAACGGGCAAAACAAGCCCCGAUCUCCCUCACGUUCUCCUCGAACUCGAGCACCAGGCCAGAACUCGCCGAGGUGAUCAAAGAUGCGUGCUCGCAACCCCAUCGCUUGAAAGGCCUCAAAGUAACCGGUUUUAGCGACUUCAUUCGCCAACAACUCAGGCAGCUAGCGUCUCCAACCCCUAAUCUCCAGAUACUGGAGCUGGAAUGCGACCCCUCGUACGUCCUCAUGUGCCCAAGCAUCCCAGAUAACCUUCUGGGAGGCGAAGCCCCGUCGCUUCGCAAACUCCACUUGACCGGAUAUCAGUUCCGUUGGGCAGCACUUGCCCCCAUAUCCUCCGGCCUCACGUCCUUCAAAUUAAGCUUGUUGCCUCGGAAAACAGACGAAUUCCCAGGUCCGGAUGCGUUCUUCCAAGUGAUCGAAGCUAUGCAAAACCUUCGAGAGUUGGAACUGGAUAUCAAACUUCCUAUCGCACCUCUGCCAACGUUCCGCGUCAUCCGCCUCCCGAAACUCGAAUCUCUCAAACUACAUGGCUGUUUCCGCGAAUGCGAAAACGUCAUGAAGCACCUCGCGCUUCCGUCUUCCCUCCGCGCUUCCUUCGAGGUCACCCACAAUGCGGAGGACACCGGCGUCAAUGCAUUGACGUUUGGACAGACGUUAUCCUCUUCCUGGCUUUCUGGCCCACUUUCGGAUCCGCCGCGCGUUGUUCGCGAUCUCGCCGUCAACAACAGUCACUACAAAGCAAGGAUCACAGGGCAUCUUUCCGGCCUCUAUUCUUUCCCCUUCCUGACCAUAACACUCAUAUCCAACAAAUUCCUAUCCGAGGUCCUAGCCGCUCUUCCCUUGAACGACGUCACCACGCUCGACUUGAGGAGCGGCUUCACCGCAAAGGACAUAGAACGCUUUUCUAGCCUGCCAUCCGUCCACACAGUCCAAGCCGACCGACUUUCUUCGGAAGCCGUUAUCCUCUACGCCCGAAGGGAUCCUGCUUUACAUUUCGUCCCAGCCAAGUCCAGGAAGGGAGGGACGUCGAAGAACAAGGCCAGGAGAAAACCAAAAACGUCUCCAACAAAACUCACCCGCUUCGCGUCCGUCAAGCGGCUCGUUCUUGAAUGCGCUGACUUUGAGAGCAUCGAUAUCGAGAAUUUUUUGGAUUGGCUGAUGAUGAGGUACGAGUUGGGAAUGGAGAUGGAGUCGGUCAAGUUGUUUGAUUGUGUGAGGCUGUAUGAGGAUGAUGUGCAGCGGAUUGAAGAGGUGGUCGUUGAUGUUGACUGGGAUGGCGAGGAAAUCGAGUAUUAUUCGGAUGAAGAGGACGAGGAUGAUUGUGAUGGGUGUGGCUUGCCAGGAUGUAUCAGCUGCUACGGUGACGAUAGUGAUUAUGCGGAUUACCUUCAGUACUCUAACUGA